CCACACACACACUCCAACUCAGUGGCAACAGCAUCUCCCCUGUUCCGCCCGCCCGCUCGCUCGCCUCUGUUUCUUUUCUUUCUUUCCACAGCGGCUCUGCUCCGCUCCUCACCUCCCUCGAUCGCACAUACCAUAUUUGGCCAUGGUGGUUCUCGCCGGCUCGCCCGCCGUCGAUCACAUCCCGCUCCUCAGGUCGCCCGACCCCGGGGACAACUUCUCCGGCAUGCCGGUCGUCGACCUCUCCAGCCCUGGCGCGCCGCGGGCCAUCGCCGACGCGUGCGAGCGCUUCGGCUUCUUCAAGCUCGUCAACCACGGGGUGCCCGCGGACACGAUGGACAGGCUCGAGUCGGAGGCCGUCAGGUUCUUCUCGCUGCCGCAGGCCGACAAGGACCGCUCCGGCCCGGCCUACCCGUUCGGCUACGGCAGCAAGCGCAUCGGGCUCAAUGGCGACAUGGGGUGGCUCGAGUACCUGCUCCUCGCCGUCGACGCCGCGUCGCUCUCCGCCGCCUGCGCCGUCCCGUCCUGCGCGCUCUUCCGGGCGGCGCUGAACGAGUACAUCGCGGCGGUGCGGAAGGUGGCGGUGCGGGUGAUGGAGGCGAUGGCGGAGGGGCUGGGCAUUGCGCCCGUCGACGCGCUGAGCGCGAUGGUGACGGCGGAGGGCAGCGACCAGGUGUUCCGGGUGAACCACUAUCCGCCGUGCCACGCGCUGCAGGGGCUGGGCUGCAGCGCCACCGGCUUCGGCGAGCACACGGACCCGCAGCUCAUCUCGGUGCUGCGCUCCAACGGCACGUCCGGCCUGCAGAUCGCGCUCCAGAACGGGCAGUGGGUGUCCGUGCCCUCGGACCGCGACGCCUUCUUCGUCAACGUCGGCGACUCGUUGCAGGUGCUGACGAACGGGAGGUUCAAGAGCGUGAAGCACAGGGUGGUGGCCAACAGCCUAAAGUCUAGGGUUUCCAUGAUCUACUUUGGAGGGCCAGCGAUGACACAGAGGAUUGCACCAUUGCCGCAGCUGCUGGGCGCGGGCGAGCAGAGCCUGUACAAGGACUUCACAUGGGGCGAGUACAAGAAGGCUGCCUACAACUCCAGGCUCGGGGACAACAGGCUGGCUCACUUCCACAGGUAGCCUCGCCUGCCGCCUGGGCCCGCUCAACGAGCAGCUUUUACCAACCCAGCCAGCUACCUAGCUUAGCUAGCUCUGCCGUGGCUUGUAGUAUUUCCCACACGAUCGAUGAAGAUGAAGAGGGCGGAAGCUACUACUGUACUAGAAAAGAAAAAGAAACAGGGCUAAAAGAAGAUGAUUUCAAGAUUCACAUGCAGCAGUAGAGCUGCGGAGGUAGCUAGUAAGUAGUAGAUCCUUUGUGACGUGUGUGUUCAUAGUUGCUAAAACCCGCCUUUCCUCUUCGGGAAUGCCGGACGAACGAUGAACAGAUAAGUUGACUUGAUGAA